AUGCACAAAAUAUCGUGCAAAGUUGGUUGUGCAGAGGCAACAACGGCAGCCCAAUUUGAGUUGCUAGUGUCAGAAAUGGAGAAGCAUCCAGAAGUGGCACGCGGAAUGCCUAAUUUUGGCAGUUCAAAGGCAAGUGUUGAAAAUGUUUGGGAGGCCACUUCAAAACUGCUGAAUGCAAUUGGCCCACCAAUUAGAACAUCCGCGAAAUGGAGGAAGGUUUGGACUGACUACAGGGGCAGACUAAAAAAAAAGCUUUCGAAUAAUAAAAAAAGUAUUCGACAAACUGGUGGUGGACCGUCGGAGGUUAGUGAAUUAACACCAAUUGAAUUAGCAGUUGAUAGUAUUGUUAGUAUUAAUGUGGCUGCUAAUCCAUCUGGCACUUUCUACGGUGUAAAGAUUGCAAACGAACCACAUAACACUGUACUCGCUUCGUCGCCACCAUCAGUUAUACCAUCAAAUGACUGCCCUGAGCUUCCAGAUGUAUCGUGCUCUCCCCCAGCAGAAAACGCACCUACAGUAGAGGAAAACAUUUUAAAUAUUAUUGAAACACCUCCUCAGCCACAAUGUUCUACACACAAGCAAACUUUCAGUUUGAAAAAACGAAGACAAAUGGCAAAAGAUGACGAAAGGAAAAAGCUGAUAAAGUUAACUCAAGAGCAUACCGAAGCUAUUACCAGACAGACGGCAGCUUUGGAAAAAUUAACUACAGCGAUAGAAAUACAAAAUAGACUGCUUCAAGAAAAAAAUUAA